AUGUCUACGAAGAAGAGACUCAAUUUUGCGAAGAAACUUGGGUAUGCUAAUGAUUCUUUUGACAUUUCUAGACGACAGAUUCUUCAUUCAGACUUUUUUGGUAUCAAUCUAUCUUAUUCAAUCUAUCUAUCUAUCUAUCUAUCUAUCUAUCUAUCUAUCUAUCUAUCUAUCUAUCUAUCUAUCUAUCGAUCUACUUGUCUCUCACUCUCUAUUUCUCUCUGUUCAUAUCUAUCUCAGUCUGUUCAUAUCUAUCUAUCUAUCUAUCUAUCUAUCUAUCUAUCUAUUUAUCUAUCUAUCUAUCUUGCCUGUUCAUAUCUAUCUGUUUGUUUAUAUCUAUCUAUCUAUCUAACCUGUUCAUAUCGAUCUGCUUGUUUAUAUCUAUCUAUCUAUCUAUCUAUCUAUCUAUCUAUCUAUCUAUCUAUCUAUCUAUCUAUGUGUAUAAGAAUAGGCUUGUGCAUACAAGAAAUGGAGAAAAGUGUAGACAAAAAAAAAUACUACAGAACACAACAUUAUCUAUCACAAUGUCUUCAUAUAAAUCUAUCUAUCUAUCUAUCUAUCUAUCUCAAUGUCUUCAGAUCUAUCUAUCUAUUGUAUGGCAACGUGGUUCAGUUAUUCAUUUGA